AUAGCACUCGCGUUAUCGAUGACAGUCGCAGAAUCUAACAACUUACCAUAUUUACUUUAAUUUGGCUAAAAUUUUGCGAUGAUACUGCCAGCGGAUCGCCUGGAGCAAUACAAUACCAGUUUGGAGCAGCAGCUGAAGCAUUUGGCCACCACCAUAAGGAGUUACUUAAGCCUGAAAUCUGCGACGACGCCUGAAUUGUCGAAUGAAGCGAAUCGGUUGUGGGAGUUGGGCCAACGAUAUCGACUGGUCAAGGGUUCCAACCAAGCUGCCACAGUUGCGCUACUUUCGGUGUGCCAGGAUGUUUACCGAAUCCUGCAGGACAGCAUAUCGAAGCUGGUUUACGAGCUAGUGCAGAUAUCCGCCCAAGUAACAGACUUCGAGAUUGAGUGCCUGCAUCUGAAUCACGAGCAAAACCAAACCAAAACACCUGCGACAUUGACCGAAUUCAGGAAUUUCCUUGAGGAAUCGCUGAAACUGCUUCAGAAUCAGGUCAAAUAUCUACAGCUACAUCUUAGCCAGCUGCAACCCAAGUUCUCCGCACCCGAAUCCUCUUUGGAGGCCUUCAAAUCCGACCUUCACCUGCCGGAGCCUGCAGAAGCACGUAUUACCCUCGGAUUGGCCAAAAUCGAAAGGCUGUCCAGUUUUCCGCUGACUUUGUAGUGGGAAAAGCAAAUUUUCCUUUGCUAUUCAGGCUGAAUGCUGAAAGAAUAUAGAAAUGUGCAUCUCAGUGGUUCUAAACCAUAAUUUCCUAUAAAAUAUUGUAUAUAAACUAA